CACACAAAACUCCACUGAUUACAUAGUCGCGACCACCGGGCAGAGAAGCGUCUCGCGGGAAGAUUGAAGUCCGACGUCCUGCAGCUUCACUCCGUUUUCAGGCAGCAUGAACUCGCUCCCGGGAAGAGCCGCGAUGUCUCUGUGUCUCAGGCGCAUGGCGGCGGGCGGCAUGAGGGUCUUCGCCGGCUCCUCCGGUCACCCCGCCGGUGGCGUGCCGGCCGCCAGGGCCUCUCUCCAGGCUGUGCGUGUCUGCCACUCCGGGACGAGCCAGAAGGGCAGAGUCAGUACCAAGAAGCGGGGCUACGACAUCACCAGAAACCCGUACCUGAAUAAGGGAAUGGCGUUCACUUUGGAGGAGCGCUUGCAGCUGGGCAUCCACGGCCUGCUGCCCCCCUGCUUCCUGUCCCAGGACGUGCAAGUGCUGCGUGUCAUGAAGAGCUACGAAACACGCUCCAAUCCUUUGGACAAGUACAUCCUGCUAAUGACGCUGCAGGACAGGAACGAGAAGUUGUUCUACCGUUUGCUGACCUCUGACAUCGAGAAGUUCAUGCCCAUCGUGUACACUCCCACUGUGGGCCUGGCCUGCCAACAGUAUGGCUACGCCUUUAGGAGACCACGAGGACUGUUCAUCACCAUCCACGACAAAGGCCACAUCGCCACCAUGCUCAACUCCUGGCCCGAGGAAGACAUCAAGGCCAUAGUGGUGACAGACGGGGAGCGUAUCCUCGGCCUGGGAGACCUGGGAACCAACGGCAUGGGCAUUCCUGUGGGGAAGCUGGCGCUCUACACGGCCUGCGGGGGUGUCCAGCCACAGCAGUGUCUCCCUGUGCUGCUGGACGUCGGCACUGACAACCAGACGCUCCUCGACGAUCCCCUGUACAUCGGACUGAAGCACAAGAGAAUCCGAGGGAAGGAGUACGACGAUCUGGUGGACGAGUUCAUGCAGGCGGUGACGGACAAGUACGGGAUGAGCUGCCUGAUUCAGUUUGAGGAUUUCGCCAACAGAAACGCCUUUCGCAUCCUCAACAAGUACAGGAGUCGAUUCUGCACCUUCAACGACGACAUCCAGGGCACGGCCUCAGUCGCUGUUGCUGGGAUCUUAGCUGCUCUGAAGAUCACCAAGAACACGCUCUUAGACCACACCGUUGUUUUCCAGGGUGCGGGCGAGGCUGCUCUGGGUAUCGCUCACCUGCUCAUGAUGGCGAUGGCCAAAGAGGGAAUAAGUAGGGAAGAAGCUGCCAAGAGAAUCUGGAUGGUGGACUCAAAGGGUCUCAUUGUAAAGGGACGAGGCAAUCUCAACCACGAGAAGCUGGAGUUCGCUCACGAUCACGCUCACAUAAAGACCCUGGAGGAGGUGGUGUACACCAUCAAACCCACUGUGAUCGUAGGAGUCGCCGCUAUCGCUGGAGCGUUCACCGACAAGAUUAUCAAAGACAUGGCGGCCUUCAACGAGAGGCCGAUCAUCUUUGCCCUGAGUAACCCCACCAGCAAGGCGGAGUGCACCGCGGAGCAGUGCUACCAGCUCACAGAGGGUCGGGGCAUCUUCGCCAGCGGCAGUCCGUUCGACCCAGUGACUCUGCCUGACGGACGCACCUUCUACCCCGGCCAGGGAAACAACGCCUACGUCUUCCCCGGAGUGGCUCUGGGUGUCAUUGCCUGCGGAGUGCGCCACAUAUCUGACGACAUCUUCCUCCUCACGGCCGAGGCGAUCGCUAACAUGGUAACAGAGGAGCACCUGGCCGAGGGAAGGCUGUACCCUCCUCUCAACACCAUCAGAGAGGUGUCCUUCAAGAUCGCAGUGAAGAUUGUCAACUACGCAUACACGCACAACAUGGCGUCCCUGUACCCUGAGCCCAAAGACAAGGAGGCGUUUGUGCUGUCUCACAUCUACAGUCCGGAUUACGACUCCUUCGCUCUGGACACCUACAGCUGGCCACAGGACGCCAUGAAAGUCCAGGAUGUGUGAUCACGUAAAUACGCUGACUCAGCGUAAUGCACAAUUUCUGCUUUGCCUCCGUUCAGAAAUGUUGACGAUUUUUUUUCCUUUUUGCUUUCUCUUUUUGUUUCUGUCAUUUUUUUCUUCCUUUUAUACAUUUUAGUAAGUCUAUAGUUGUAUUUUGCUCUUUCGGAACUGUAUUUCUAGUUUUCACUCCUCUGUAUUUGAUUGAAGGUCUUGACUGAGUCAAAUGUUUCAUAGCCACACUUACAAACAGCACAUGAACUAUCUUCAGCGUGACCUCUAUAACUUUGCUAGUUGAACUACACUCCGUCCACCAGAUUAUCUUGCCGAGACGUCGCCGUAUGUAGCGCUCUGUAGCGGAAAGGGAAAAUUAAAAGCACAGACGAGACCUUUCCCUCCCCAACAGUAGAAGAGGGCGGAGCCAAGCAGUGACUCAUUGAACUGAAGCCAGUGGCUUAAAUAACAAUGCAGUGGUGAACAUGAACGCACAAGGCGUCCUCUUGUCUGGCCACAAAUCAACAGGGGACUCAUGAUGAAGCUUUAGAAGCAUGACACCAGUGAGCUGACACUCCCAGUGCCUCUUCCUGCGUGGCCUCAGGAUUCACACACUGCUCCAUAUUCUUUUUGUUGGGCUUGUUUCUAAGAAGCCCGAUUCGGCUCGUCCCCGGAGCUGCUUCUGCGUAUUUUACACUCCUUAUUUAUCAGGUCACAUGUUUCAGCCUGCACACGAGACGGAGAAACACUCCGAUCGGCUUCUCCAUCUCUGGUUGAAUCGUUGUUAUUCUUAAUGGCACUUCUGUUUCGAGGAGGCAUUGUUGGGGAUCAAGUGUCUCCAUCAGGAUGUUUUUUGUAUACAAUGGUGUCUUUUCUCUUUUGGUUUUGUACAGCGCUCCUCCUGUCGUGGUGUUUUUGCCAAAGUUACUGAUGAAUUGUAUCGUAUAUUUUACUUCGAGAUGACAUGAUAUUCUGCAAGCUUUACUAUUUGGAAGAUAUGUUUGAAGUUUUUUAAUAAAAUUGUCUUCAAAAUA